AUGCCGGAGGUGCCAGCCAUCGAUGCCGACACGCUCAGCCCCUUCCACUGGGGGGAGCAGCACGUGCAGCGCAGGGCCGCCGUGCGCGACAGGGCCGAGGAUGUCGGCCGCCGCUUCAUCCGUCCGUACAUGCCAGACCAGCACCGCGAGUUUUACGCAGAGCUGAUGUUAUUCUUUGUGGGCAGCGUGGACGCGGAGGGGCGUCCCUGGGCCUCGGCGCUUUUUGGCCGCCCGGGGUUUGUGUCCGCACCAGACCCGCACCACAUCGUCAUCGCGCCUGGCAGCCGCGGCGCCGCAGACCCGGCCAACCUGGCGGUGGGCUCCAAGGUGGGCGCGCUGGGCCUGCAGCUGCACACCCGCCGCCGCAACCGCGUCAACGGCACAGUGGUGGCCGCCACCCCUGAGGGCGGGCUGCUGCUGCAGGUCGACCAGUCGUUUGGCAACUGCCCAAAGUACAUCCAGACGCGUGACAUCACUCUGGACGAGGACCGCCUCGCCGCGCACCAUGCUGCCUCCACUGAUGCGCAGCUGACAGCCCCGGGUAGCCCCUCGCAGCAGCAGCAGCAGCAGCAGCAGCAGCGUGGCGUCGGGGCGCUGGGCCCGCGGCAGCGGGCGCUCAUAGCGGGGGCUGACACCUUCCUGCUGGCCACAUGCCUGCCACCAGGGCGCGAGGAGGGGGACGGCACCGCGGGCCCUGCCCACACGGCGGCCACCGGCUGCGAUGUGUCCCACCGCGGAGGUCCCUCCGGCUUUGUGGAAAUCGACGAGGCGGGCCUGCUCCUGACGUGGCCGGACUACGUUGGCAACAACUUCUUCAACAGUCUGGGCAACAUCGCCGCCAACCCGGCAAGCGGUCUGCUGUUCAUCGACUGGCUGACGGGUGACACCCUGCAGGUUGCGGGGGAGGCGGUUGUUGACUACGAGGCCACGUCACUGCCGGGAGCGCAGCGCACCGUGAACUUCCAGGUGCGCGAGUGGGUUCACAUCCCCGCCGCGCUGCCAAUCCGGCCGGCGCCUGUGAUCGAGCGCAGCCCGUACAACCCACGCCUGCUGGCCGGCGCGGGCCCCGCGCCUGAGCCGGUGCGGCUGGUGCGAGUGGCCCUGGAGGCGGAGGGCAUCAAGACGUACGAGUUUGAGGCUCCGCCCUCCAUGCGGUACAGCCCCGGCCAGUUCGCAUCGUUUGACUUCACGGUUGACCAGGGAGGGGGGACGCGGUCCGUCAUCAACCGCACCUGGACCAUCAGCAGCCACCCCGAGGAGACGGCGGCAAGCGGGCGCUUCUCCAUCACCGUUAAGCGCGCCGGCCUCGUGUCAAGCCUGCUGUUUGAUUCCGCGACGCCCGGUGACGCGGUGGCGUUCCGAGGGGUGGGCGGCAGCUUCACGCCCGUGACCAACAGCACCCGGCCUGCCCUGCUCGUGGCAGGCGGCAUCGGCAUCACCCCCCUGCGCGUCAUGUUCAAGCAGCUGCUGUCCGAGGGCCGCGCCGCCACGCUGCUCUACUCCGUGCGCAGCCCCCAGGAGGCGGCCUUCCUGCAGGAGCUCACUGAGCUAGCCCAGACGCAGGCCGGCGCUGCUGACGCCGGCGCCGACGCCGGGGGCGGUGCCGAGGAUAAGAGAAAGCCGCCCAGCGCUGCUGUCGUAGCCACUGUCACGGGCAGCGCAAACGGGGCCUGGGGCGGCCGGCGCGGGAGGAUCGAUGAGGCGUUGGUGCAGGAGGUGGCAGGCGGCGGCGGCCUGGCGGGGUGGGAGGUGUACAUGUGCGGGCCGGAGGCGUUCAUGGCGGCGGUGGAGGGGGUCCUGGUGGGCUGCGGUGCCGAGGCUGCCCACAUCCACACUGAAAGCUUCAGCUUCUGA